UGACAAAACAGAUGAAAGAAUUUCAAGAUCAUUUACUAAAAUCGAAAAGAAUAGUUGCAUUGGUAGGCGCUGGGCUAUCCGUUUCAUCUGGUCUCCCCACAUUCAGGGGAUCCCAAGGUCUAUGGAAGAAUUUUAAUAUGAUUGAUUUAGCAACUCCAGAUGCUUUUUACAUAGAUCCUGGAUUGGUAUGGCAAUUUUAUUCAUGGAGGAGAUUCAACGCUUUGAAAGCUAAACCAAACAGGGGCCAUAAGACAUUAGCAAAACUUUCCAUGGAAGCAGCAUCAAAAAAUAUCGAAUUCAUUACUAUAACUCAAAAUGUAGAUGGGUUAUCAAUUAGAGCAAACCAUUCAAAGGAAAAAUUAUAUGAAAUACAUGGAUCAUUGUUUGAUUUGAAAUGCACCAGCUUCAUGUGUAACUAUGUUGAUCAUGAUAACUUUAAAAAUCCGUUAACAAAAGCUCUAGCUGACACUGAAUAUGAGUACGAUAAUACUAAAAGAAAAAGAAAACUUCUAGAUGAUGAUCUUGAUAAGGAGCCAUCCCUUUCUCCACAAUUCAAGCCAGUAAAAGAAAUAUCAGAAUCCGAAUUACCUCAAUGCCCUGUUUGUAAAGACGGUUCAUUAUUGAGGCCUGGUGUUGUAUGGUUUGGAGAAUCCUUACCAUUACGAACCAUAAAUGCUAUUGAUAAUUUUAUCGAAUAUGAUAAGGUUGACCUUAUUUUAGUCAUUGGAACAAGUGGUACUGUUUACCCAGCUAACAGUUAUGUGGAUAGAGUUAAAGUGAAAGGAGGCAAAGUUGCAAUAUUCAAUACUGAUAUUGAAGAUCAUAUCUUAAAUGGCGAAGAAAAAGAUACAUGGGGGUUUAAAGGGGAUGCAGCCGAGCUAUUACCUAAGGCUCUUGAACCAUUGAUUGGGGAUAUAUACUAAUUUGCAUAUACUAAAGUAGUUUAACGAUUGAUACGAAUUAUACCAUUUUAUUUAUAUUUUAUAGAUAAUGAAAC